UGCUAUAUUGUACUAAAGAAUGCUGUACUAUACUGAUAAACAGAGAGAGGGUGCAGGCAGAGUGCUAAAAAGAUAAUAAUGAAAACUGGGGACUGCUCAGAGCCUGGACACAGCUAGCUGGGAUUGGUCAGUAAGUAAAAACAAUUCACAUGAAACCCAUCAAAGAUGCACCUGUUGCUAAACCAUCUCCAGACCACAUUCCACAGCCAUCAGAUAGUUAUUGUUUGUAUUUCGUUUCUGAGGCCUCUCAGUUUCUCAGGAGAAAAUCCUAGCAAAAGGAUUUUCAUAAAAUAUGGCAGUGACACUACACUAAAUUAUACUAAAGAAUAGAGAAAGGACACAAACAGAAUGCUAAAAGAUAAUAAUGAAAACUGGUGACUCUGCAGAAUCCCAACACAGCCUGGCCCUGAUUGACCAAAGAGUGAAAACAGCUCAGAGCAGAACCCAGUGACACAAUCCCCUGUGGGUGAACAAUUCCCAAACUCAUUCCACAUGAGCACAGCACAGGAGAAGCAAAUAAGAUAAGAAUUGGUUUCCUUUUCUCUGAGGCUCCUCAGCUUCCCAGGAGAAAAAUCCUGGGUGAAAGAAUUCUUUCAGAGAAUGUGCAUGGCACAGGAAAGGCCCUUUUUAAAAUAGAAUUAAAAAUUCUUUAUGCUGCUGGAGAUUGGUUCCAUCCCAGGAAGUGUCACCUCAGCCGAGGGAAACGGAGCCAGAGUGGGCAGGGAGGGCUGGGGAAGGUCCUUGGGGGGCUGGGGGUGUCUGAUGUUCGUGUCCUCACUGGUCCCUGCUGGGAUGCUGGCAGGUCUUGGAUCUGCAGGGAGGGGUGAUGGAUCUGGCUCCAUGCUCUCAGAAGGCUGAUUUAUUAUUUUAUAAUACUGUAUUAUAGUAAAGAAUGCUGAACUAAAGAACAGAGAAAGGAUACUGACAGAAUGCUAAAAGAUAAUAAUGAAAACUCCUGACUCUCUCCAGAGUCCCAACACAGCUGGCUGUGAUUGGCCCUUAAAUUAAAUUAAAUUAAAUUAAAACAAUUCACCUGAAACCAAUGACACACUCACCUGUGGGUAAACAAUCCCCAACCCCAUUCCAGAGCAGCAAAACCCAGGAGAAGCAAUCAGAUAAUUCUUGUUUUCCUUUUUCUCUGAGGCUUCCCAGCUUCCCAGGAGAGAAAUCCUGGCGAAGGGAUUGUUCAGAAUUCUGAAUAUACUCAGAAGAUUUUUUCAGAAAAUGUUCUGAAUCCUGUCCUAUUUCAGAAAAUGUGACACAGGGCCUGAGGAUUUUUGGUGUCCCCCCACCUUGGGCAGGCAGGAUUCCCGUCAGGGUCCCCACAGGGCACCCGAGGGGAGCUCCAGACCGUGUGUCACAUGUGUCACAUGGGGGACCCGGGGCUGUCGCCGGGCUCCUGGCCUCCUGUCCCCUGGCUGGGUCACCUGUCCCCUGGCAGUGUACCCCCAGGUGUCCUGGUGCAGAGCCCCCCGCGGGGUGGCUCUGUCACCUGUGUCACCUGUGUCCCUGGGUGGCUGUGUCACCUGUGUCCCCUGGGGGUGUCACCUGUGUCCCCAGCUGUGUCACCUGUGUCCCUGGGGGUGGCACCGGUGUCCCUGGGUGGCUGUGUCCCCAGCUGUGUCACCUGUGCCCCCAGGUGCCCCCUGCAGGGGUGGCUGUGUCACCUGUGUCCCUGGUGUGGCUGUGUCACCUGUGUGGCUGUGUCACCAGUGUCGCCACUGUGGCUGUGUCACCUGUGUGGCUGUGUCCCCUGUGUCCCCAGCUGUGUCACCUGUGUGGCUGUGUCACCAGUGUCCCCAUUGUGGCUGUGUCAUUUGUAUGGCUGUGUCCCAUGUCCCCAUCUAUGUCCCUGGUGGGGCUGUGUCCCUUGUCCCCAGCUGUGUCCCCAGCUGUGUCCCCCGUGUCCCCAGGUGUCCCUUGUGUCCCCAGGUGGCUGUGUCACCUGUGUGGCUGUGUCCCAUGUCCCCAGCUGUGUCCUGUGUCCCCAGGUGUCCCUGGUGUGGCUGUGUCCCGUGUCCCCAGGUGUCCCUGGUGUGGCUGUGUCCCGUGUCCCCAGCUGUGUCCCGUGUCCCCAGCUGUGUCCCUGGUGUGGCUGUGUCCCCGUGUCCCCAGCUGUGUCCCGUGUCCCCAGGUGUCCCUGGUGUGGCUGUGUCCCGUGUCCCCAGCUGUGUCCCGUGUCCCCAGCUGUGUCCCUGGUGUGGCUGUCCCCCGUGUCCCCAGCUGUGUCCCGUGUCCCCAGCUGUGUCCCUGGUGUGGCUGUGUCCCGUGUCCCCAGCUGUGUCCCGUGUCCCCAGGUGUCCCUGGUGUGGCUGUGUCCCGUGUCCCCAGGUGUCCCUGGUGUGGCUGUGUCCCGUGUCCCCAGCUGUGUCCCGUGUCCCCAGGUGUCCCUGGUGUGGCUGUGUCCCCCGUGUCCCCAGCUGUGUCCCGUGUCCCCACGUGUCCCUGGUGUGGCUGUGUCCCAUGUCCCCAGCUGUGUCCCGUGUCCCCACGUGUCCCUGGUGUGGCUGUGUCCCGUGUCCCCAGCUGUGUCCCGUGUCCCCAGGUGUCCCUGGUGUGGCUGUGUCCCCCGUGUCCCCAGCUGUGUCCCGUGUCCCCAGGUGUCCCUGGCACGCAGCCCCCCGCGCUGGGUGGGCAGUGGGCGCCGCCUGCUGCUCUCGGCCGACCGGACGCUGGUGCUGAAGGAGCUGUCGAGCGAGGACGUGGCCGACGUGCACGGGCUGCUGGCACACUACCACCAGUACGUGGUGCAGUGCCACGGGCAGACGCUGCUGCCGCGUUUCCUGGGCAUGUACCGGGUGAGCGUGGACAGCGAGGACACCUACCUGCUGGUCAUGAGGAACCUCUUCAGCCACCGCCUGCCCGUGCACAGGAAGUAUGACCUCAAGGGCUCCCUGGUGGACCGAGAGGCCAGUGACAAGGAGAAGGGCAAGGAGCUGCCCACCCUGAAGGACGUGGAUUUCCUCAACAAGAACGAGAAGGUGUUCGUGGAGGAGGAGCAGCAGCGCGACUUCAUGGACAAACUCAAGAGGGACGUGGAGUUCCUGGUGCAGCAGAAGCUGAUGGACUACAGCCUGCUGCUGGGCAUCCACGAGGUGGAGCGGGGCGAGCAGGAGGAGGAGGAGGAGCUGGAGGAAGAGGAGCUCGGCGGGGGUGAUGAUGGGGGGCUGGGGGGUCCCUAUGGCACCUCCCCGGAGGGGCUGGGGGGGCUCCUCAACUCCUACCGGCCCCUGGGCCCCGGCGAGUUCGACCCCGGCGUGGACGUGUACGCCCUGCGCGGGGCCGAGGGAGCCCCCCGGCGCGAGGUUUAUUUCAUGGGGCUGAUCGAUGUCCUCACCCAGUACGACGCCCGCAAGAAGGCGGCACACGCGGCCAAGACCGUCAAACAUGGGGCCGGAGCCGAGAUCUCCACGGUGCACCCCGAGCAAUACGCCAAGCGCUUCCUCGACUUCAUCACCAACAUCUUCGCCUGAGGGGGGGCUCGGCCCCCCCCCCCCACGGGACCAAACCCCCCCCAGGGUGUGCUGACCCCUCCCCACACACCCACAGCCCCACAGUGACCCCCCCGCAGUGGGGUUCCACAACUCAAGUGCCUUAACUUUAUCUAAGGGGGUCCGGGGGGGCUCUGGGCCGAGCACUGGGGGGGUCUGGGGUGCCCCCCCUCCCCACCUCGGGGGGCUCUGGGACCCUUCUGCCCCCUCCCAAAGCUGGGAGGGGGUCAAACACUACUUGCCCCAGAGGGGGGUGAAAGGGGCCCCCCAGUCGUGACCUCCUGGGGGUGCAGCCCCCACCCCUGUUCCAAAUGAGGCUGGGGGCCACUCCGUGCCUCCCUCUGUGUGGGACCUGGGGGGCUCCGGCUCCCCCUCUUUACUGCAGCUCCCGGGGGGCAGGGGAGGACCCCGGCCCCGUGGGACCCCCGGGGGGGCGGGGCCUGCUGGGCCGACACCCCUGUCCCCCAUCUGUGGGGGUGCCGUGUGUCCUGCGCCCCCCACCCCAUUUAUGGGGCUCCUUCCCCCGCUCUGUACCGAGAAAUAAAUUAUUGAACCGG